AUGGAUUCAUCGUCUGCAGUUACGCUUGAAUCACUUCCCUCGCUGUUAGCAGAGGAUAUCAAAGUCAAAGUUGCCGGUGUGGAUAGCGAUGGUAUCCUCCGUGGCAAGGUCAUGUCCAAGGAGAAGUUCCUCUCGGUGAUGGAGAAGGGAUUCGGAUUCAGUUCUGCUGUCUUUGGAUGGGAUAUGCAUGAUAUGCUUUAUACCACCGACGCUCGGAUUGCACCGCCUGAGUCUGGAUACUCUGAUUUCAUUGCGAUCCCGGAUCUGACUUCAUUCCGACGCAUCCCUUGGGAAGAAGAUAUCCCUUUCUUCCUGCUGCGCUUUGUUAACAAUAAGAAACCUGUUCCGGCUGAUGGGAGGAACAUGCUCAAGUCGGUGACAGACCGCUUGGCAGAGUCAGGUUAUCAGGCAUUAGCUGGAGUGGAACUAGAAUUCAUGAACUUCCAAACACCCUCGGAGAAUGGAUAUGACAUUCAAGGAUCGAAACACCUGGAUAUCGCUACCUACCUGGAGAAGAAUACUCCUGGUUCAUUACGCCCGCUCACGGCCGGGAUGUUUUCUUACAGUGCCACGAGGCCGGUGGCAAACAAGGGUUAUUUCUAUGACAUCUUCAAUAUCAGUUCCCAAUUCAAGUGUAAUAUUGAAGGGUGGCACACGGAAGGUGGACCUGGCGUCUACGAAGCCGCUCUGAAAGUGUGUAACGUGAAUGAGAUGGCCGACCGGGUCUCGCUAUUCAAGUUUCUCACCAAAUCGCUCGGGAUGGAGUACGGUAUAACGCCCUGCUUCAUGGCGAAACCGAUUCAAGGCCAAGCCGGAAACUCGGGCCAUAUCCACAUCUCCCUCUGUGAUCUUGAGGGUCAGAACGUCUUUGCCAGAGACGAAGAGGAUCCUAACGCACCUUGGCCUGACCUGGCAGGUGUCUCCGAAAUCGGUCGACACUUCCUCGCCGGCCUGCUUGAAGCGUUGCCGGACAUCAUGCCCUUAUUCGCACCGACCAUCAACUCCUACAAACGGCUGGUGGAAAACUACUGGGCCCCAGUCUACAUCAGCUGGGGUCUUGAAGAUCGGAUGGCGUCGAUCCGACUGAUCGCCCCUCCCGUCUGCAAACCCGGCGCGACUCGAUUCGAAGUCCGAAUCCCCGGCGCAGACCUGCACCCACACUAUGCCCUCGGUGCUUUGCUGGCUGCUGGUUGGCGCGGCGUGCAGAAGAAGCUCGAGAUUACGGUGCCCCCCUUGUCAGUCCUCCAGUCAAAGGGUGUCCGUCCAGAGCUCCUGCCAGACUCCCUCCACCAUGCAGUCCAGAGAUUCAAAGCGCCAAACAGCAUUGCCCGGCAGGUUCUGGACCCUGAAUUCGUGGAUUUCUUUGCUGCGACCAGAGAGCACGAGCUCAAGGUCUGGCGAGAGGCAGUCACUGACUGGGAAUUUAAGCGAUACAUUGAAACUGUAUAA